AUGACCGAUACUUUCGAUCUCUCUCUUAAAUCAGCCAACAAAAUCUCCGACAAGCUGCCCAAGGAGCUCCAGAACCCCCAGAUCGGUAUCGUGUGCGGAUCAGGUCUCGGCGGCCUUGCUAACGCUCUCAAGGCUGAGCCUCAGGUCACAAUCGAGUACAAAGACAUUCCUGGCUUCAAGGUCUCUACCGUGGCUGGCCACGCCGGCAAGCUCGUCGUUGGUCUGCUGGGUGAGAAGAACGUCCCUGUUGUCUGCAUGGUGGGCCGGUUCCACUUCUACGAGGGCUACGACAUCCAAGACACCGUCUUCCCCAUCCGAGUUUUCUCCCAGAUUGGCAUUAAGACCGUCAUUCUGACCAAUGCUGCCGGCGGUCUUAACCAGGACUUCAAGGUCGGAGAUAUCAUGCUUAUCAAUGACCACAUCAACCUACCGGGCCUGGCAGGCAACAAUCCCCUGAGAGGCCCCAACGACGAGAAGUUCGGAGUCCGAUUCCUACCUCUGUCAGAUGCCUACGACCAUGAUCUGCGACGAGCCGUCUACGACAUUGCCAAGAAGCAGGGCGUGACUCGAGGCAUCCACGAAGGUACUUAUGCAUUCGUCUCCGGACCCACCUAUGAGUCUCGAGCUGAGGCUCGAAUGCUAUCUACCAUUGGGGCUGACGCCGUCGGUAUGUCUACAGUCCCAGAGGUGAUUGUGGCUCGACAUUGUGGAAUCAAGGUGCUUGCUCUGUCACUCAUCACCAACGUUGUCGUUCUCAAGAAGCCCGACAGCGCUCUGAACGACAAUGCUGCCAAGCUUGAUGAGGGUAUUGCCGACCACAGCGAGGUCAUGGAGGAGGGUCAGCGAGCUGCCGAUGAUCUCGUUGGCAUCGUUACCGAUCUGGUUAACGUUGUUUAG